AUGGUGUCCCUUGCUGAGCUCAGUGGAAAGCUUGGCCAAUUUAUUGGCCCUGAAAAGGCUGUUACUACAGCAAUUAAAGAUUGUAUUGACGCUAUUAUUAACAGUAAUGAAGACUUCAAAAGCCUUAAAAAGUCUCCGUCUCCGCCUGCGCAGCCUUCCACUGCCGUGUCUGCUGAGCUUAUAAAUGAAAAGAUGCUUGAUGAGAAAAUUGAGCAUUAUAAUAACCUUAAAACAUCCCUUGAAUCUAAGAAAACUGACAAAAAUCCUCCCCUCUCCUCUGAAGAUUCUCGCCUUUUAUCCUCUCAUCAGUCCAAGUUGCAGUCUCUUGAGAAGCUGAAUGAGCUUAAUGACUCCUUGAAUUCUCUUAGUAAUAAUAAUGAUGAUGCUUGCAAAAACCUUUUAGAUAACCUCUGCACAGGCCUCGAAAAAUUUCUCGGCUACCAUGAUGGUAAUUACACCGGAGAGGGAAUUGUGUACUCGGACCUUGACAGGCUCUGCGACGGGGUGAUGGCGUUCUUGCAUGGUGUUUUUGAGACUGUGAAGGAUGAUGAAAAUAUAACAACUUAUGAUAAAGAUGUUUUGAAGAUUGGUACAGUUAUUUCCUCUCUUGACACUUCUGUAGGUAAAGGCCGUGAGGCCUUCGUGACUGCCGUGCGUCAGGUGGACAAGGCAACGGGAGCAGUGACUGCGGAAUUAGGUGAAAAUAAUAAUGAGUAUUACAAGAGUGUCCAAGAUCAGCUAGGCGCUACGCUUCAAGUGCAGUUAACGAGGUGGACGGACACCGUCGAGAAGAUUCAAAAAGAAGUUCAACGCAUAGAGACUGACCACGUUAAGCCACUUGAUAACUCACUUAAAUCACAGAUAACGCACGAAAUUAAUGUGAUUCAUAAGUCGGUGAAAAUGUUGCGUGACAGUGCUGAGGUGCCGGGGUUGAGGCAGCAGGUGGUGGCAGUAGAGACAGAGUUGGACAAGCAGAAAAAGCAGUUGCAAGAGAGGAUUAAAAGCGAGAAUGAGAAACUGCAAAAAAUCCUGUUCGCCCAGUUCGCAAAUAUAUUGAUGAAAAUUGGUGACUUAAAUAACGAGAAGAAGGAACACGUAAUGUCCCUCAGGGGAGUUAUUGAAAUUGCUAAGAAGAAAGUGCAUAGCGAAUUGUCUGAGACCAUUGGAACAACACGGAUUAAUGUUUCUGAAAAGUUUGAAAGCAUUAAAACGUCAUUAAUGAGGUUGGAUCCCAAGGGUGGUGACGGCAUAAAUUCACUGCUGCGAAGGGAUGUAAUGGGAAUUCGAAGGGAUCUUAUAUCAAUUAAUGACGAUAUCCACGGGUGUGUCAAGAGUCUGGGAGAGUGGAUUGAAGAGGCAACUAGGGUCUUGGACGAUGCAAUAAAUUCUGCUUUGUUCAUCAUGGAGAAGAAGCCUGGAGAGGAGAAUAUGUUCUCUGUCAAGAGGAACGCACUGGCGUUGAAAGCCAAAGGUGAAGAGCUUUAUUGGCAUUAUGACUGGGCGAAGAGGCGUGUCACGGAGCUGGUGAGGGAAGUUCAGACAAAAAUUGGAGCGCUCUACGGCGCUGUUAAUGGUGGACAAGGCAGCGGAGAUAAUAAUAAAAUCUCGGAAGUACUAAAAAAAAUUAAGCAGGACGUUGAUGGGAUAAAGGGGCAGAAUGGGGGAACUGAUGGAAACGGCCUUGAUGGUAUUAAACAUAAAGUGCAUGAAUAUGCUCAGACCUUCGCUACGAAUGGUGUUAAGAAUGCAUUCGAGGAGAAAGUGCAGGGGUGGGUGGAUGGUAUAUUGAAGAAUGAAGUUAAGGGUGCGAUUGGUUGGUAUGUUAGUGCAAACAAAAGUAAUGGGACGCUGAGAGAGAAAUAUGCAUAUAAAGACGGCAGUGCAAAGUACGAGGAACUUAACAAAAAAAUUGCGGAACAUGUUGUUACCAAGUUUAACGGCAUGAUUCCGGUAGUCGGUGGCGCGGUUACGAGUAAGAUCGCAACUGUCGUCUCCAGUCCCAACGAAGCAAUCAAAAUACACGUGGAGGCUGUUAGGUACGCCUGUAAUCAAUUGGUCGGCGCAAUUGCAGGUACGAUUGCGGCCUCUACGAUGGCUACUGCAAUCGGCGAAGAAGUUUGGAAAGUUAAUGACGGUGCGAGACUCGACAAAUCGUAUCUCCAAUCCGCCAUAGAGGACAUUAAGAAAACUCUUGCUGACAGAGCCAGAGAGGUCGGCAACGGUUUUGCAUGGUUCAUUGAUAAUGAUAAGGAGGACCUGACGAAUAAAGUGGAUGCGGUUAGUAAAAUUACUGAUGAUCUUGAGAAAAGGCUCAAUGCUGCUACUCAGGCCUCCGGCGGCAGUAACCACGCCCAAGCCGUCGACGACGCGAUCACUAAAAUUGAUACAGAAGUAGCCGCGGCAUUUGAUAACAAUGUUAAAAAUAUAUACGUGAAAAGCCCACCUGUCCCCGUACCUACGGUUGGCAAAGAGGACAAAGGAGUGCUGCAUCAGUCGUACGAAGAUAUCACCGAUAAUCUUGAACAGCUUACAGAAGAAUUCUCAAAAACUGGAAACGCUGUUAAAGAUGAAUUAAUGAAAUUGAAAAAUAAGAAUAUAGCUGUCUUGCUCAGGCAAAUUAAAGAAUUAAUUGAGAGUGUGCGGUAUAACAACGUUAAUGGUGUUACCGCCGAAGUCCAAGGAGCGCUUGCACAAAUUCACGAGUUGGAAGCUGUGCCCGGCCAGGUUGAGGAAAAAAGAAAGGAAGUAGAGAAGAUCAUGGACAAGUUGAAAAGUGGAAUUGAGAAUGAAAUUCAUCUCAUCGAAGCGGCGGUUAACAACGCCGACAGCGCUUUGACAUAUGCCAUAGAAGCCCUCAAAAACGCCCAUACAACGGCGUAUGACAUAUGCAAACAAGCCGUCGACCAGCUCAGCGCAAACCUGAAGGACGCCGUCAACUUGGCAUUCUACAAGGUCACCAACGCAGUCCAAGAAAUGUUUGUAGAGCAGCACAAGGCGGACUUGGACGCACUUAAGAAAUUGGUCGAAGACGCGAAGAAUAAAAUCGGCGAUAUAAUUUCCCUAGACAGCAUGACAGGCCUGAAAGGUCUAAUCAGGGAGAUGAAGGCGCAGCUGGAAGGCAGAAGUCUUAUACACAUACAAAGCCCGGUGGAAUUUACAGGAACAGCCUCCGAUCUCAAGACAUUUUUGGACGCGCUUUUAAAAUAUGUUGAAGGCCAACUGAAGACCGUGGUUCCACCUCAGCCUCCGACUAGGAGGCAACCACCGGCUUCCACCCCGGACGAUGGCAAAGUUAAUAGGCAUCUUCCUCCCCGGUCGUCUAGAUCCAAUUUAGAAUAUCAUGGUCCAACUUUGAAGUCAAAUACCCAAUCCAGUCAGGUGUCAGUACUGGCCACCACUCUGGAACAUUUAUGGUAUUUGCUUAACGACUCCAGACGUUUUGAUAUUAGAUUCGAACAUCAUCUUACCAAAGUCAAAGAUGCGCUUGGUCGCCUAAAUCCCAAGACGUUCUCAGGAUUUAAUAAUCCGGUUCUGCUUGACGUUGUGAGGAAUAGCGUGGCACCUUUAGUUGCGGAAUUAGGCAGGGCUUACAUGAAUUCGUAUGAAAGUGCCCAUCCGAUUGAGUGGGAACGUGAUACUGUCAAUGCCGAACGGUGUUCUAAAGUUUGUCUUACCAUACUAUUUAGCCUUCACAACUCGUUACGUACAUUAAGAAGGAAUUGCAAGUAUGGUUGGGAUACACAUCAAAUAAACACAUCCACAGCACUUGGAACAUUUAUGGCCGAUCAAGGUUAUGAGGUGUCCGAGAAGGGAAAACAAAACGGCCAUUUACGGAAUAAAACAGAAUUCAAGGGCGAGAAUAUUCAUAGUGUUCUCGUCGGUGAUGAAGUCUAUAAUGUUUUCAGAGAGAACGGCAAGCGCCCACUUGACUUCUUGUACGACUACCUCCAAGACUACAAUGCUCUCUGCCAUUACAGGCACGUCACUCAGCCCAGAGUUCCAUGCAGUGUAUAUGAAAUGUUAGUAUGGCUUGGCGGCUUACCGCACAACCGCGUGUAUAAUAAGCUGGCAGACCAGUGUAAAACGUUGCUCCAAAACGAAGAUUACAUUGAUGUAGCAUCCAACUUUACAAACAUUUCUAAAUUACACUUACCUAAAUUAUGCUCAUAUUCAUAUGACAUACUCACCAAAGUCCUAGGACACGGCGACGAAUAUACCACGUAUGGAUGUGACUACCCGAACAAUUCACAUAGUUUGAAAUAUCCCACUUCGGGAGAGGAAUGCCUUGGAAUGUUACUUGACAUCCUCCAUCGACUUUUCCCACCACUUAUGUUUUUGUUGAGUCAGUGUAGCAAUGUUGCUUCCGAGCAUGGCUGGCAUGACUGCUUCUACGGCAAAGAUGUUCCACCAUCUAACUGGCCAUGCAAUGACCAUACUGCAACGGCAUCUAACUGUCUUCCCAGAUCACCCCUUCAAUCAUACCUAACCGAUGCUCUCCCUGGGCAUCUGCCUCACCAGCUCACCAGUGUUGGAUGCAAAUCGACGUGCAACACCUGUCCCAAAUCGACGCCUGGGAUGCCAUGUUUGACACCUCUCGGAUUCAGAGGUUUCUCAGGAAGCAAAAGGUCAGGUAAAGAGCUAUGUAACGUGUUAACCAAAUUGCUGACCAACAAGCUUGUUUCGUUGCUGUUCUGCGUGCUGCCCAAAGCGCCAAGAACGUUGCCAGAGCAUAUCGUUUUCGCACGCUGCCUUGUGAACGAAUGGCAUGAUGGUAAUCCACAAGACAAAAAUGGUUUACAAAGAGGUUUCGAAAAGUCCGUUACUGAGGCCUCAAUUCGCCUGUAUGAAAACACUGGUAACUUGGCUAAAGUAUUCAUUGACGCGUAUGGCUCAGAAUCUGUAAAACAUCCUGAGUGCCAGCAUCCGCAUCUUUUGAAUAUCACAAGCGACGGUAUCUGCAAAAACACCAAAAAUAAAAUUGAGUGCGCGCCAUAUCUCUCAUCUCUCUACUCCCACGCAUAUCCUUACUUCACCAAAAAGCAUUCUAACACAUACCUCUCAUGGGCCAUAUACCUCCCAUGGACAUUCUGGGAUCUACUCAACAAUUUAUAUAACGCUUUCUGUGGAAUCACUUGUGCAGAUUGGGGAUGCAGAGGAUGUCUCAGAGGAGACAAGUGCAAGAAUGGCAAGCAUGGCGUCAUUGAGGAUGAGAAGAAAACAGAUGAGACUUGUCAGUGCACUUCCAUAGUAGCCUGCAGAGGCGUAGCACCGACGCUCUACCAGUAUGGAUUCAGCUUCGGCGAGGCGUCGACGUUGAAUGAUGGUAAGACGCCGAAGAAGUGUAAGGAUUUCUGCAGUCAGUUGAAGAAUGUGCUAAAAUCAGAAUAUUUCCAGGCUCUGUUCAAGGAGUGCGACAAUUUCCUGAAAGAAAUCAGAUGGCCAUUUAUGCUAACGUUGUUAGCCCUCUGGUCCCUCUCCUUGCUCUACCUGCUGCACAUCGCCGUCGUCCGCCUCGACGUCCUGAGGAUACGCUACCACCUGCGCUCGCCCUCAAGCCACCGCAUCGCCGCCCAGUCCCUCCUCGCCGCCGCACGCGUCAAGGCACUCGCCAACGUCAAGUACUUCUCACCGUGA